CCUGGAGAAUCGUCGUUAUUCGUCAUUGCGCGUGUACGAAGGCAGUCGAUCCGAGUUCACCUACUCCAUAUUACAGCCGUGGACAUAAUAAAAUACGUAUCUUUUACCGUAACGAUGGCCGUUCGUUUAUUUUCCGCUACGCUAGUAUGUUUCACAACACUGUAUUUUUGUGGACUCAAUGACGCCCGUAAGUUUUCUUUUUUCAUUUAUGUUUAUUAUUUCUUAUACCUAGUAUAAACGGUAAUAUUUCAAGAAAUACACGUUUGAAAUUUUUGCAAAAUCGUUUACAAUUCUGUAAAAUGUCAAAAAUAAUAUUUUAAAAAUUAACAAUAUUUUAACAUUUCAAUAAGACCUUACCACUGAUCUACCGUCCGAUAUCCAUUAUUGGUUAUUUCAAUUUGAAAUCAAAAUAUUAUUGAAAAACAACGUUCAAUUCUGUAGGGAGCCUUCUUUUUUCCAACGUAAAAUUAAUCAUCGAAAUCUGAAUAUUCUACACGAGAAAACUCGUUAGGUAUGUUUUUGAGCCAAAAAACCGUGGUAAUGUAUGAACUUCGUAUUUUGAUAAUACGUUUUUAUUCGAUUUACAGUACGUACAUUUUACCAGCAGUCCCUCCCACAUUGCAUUUUUUUUUGCAAAUAUUUUGAAUGAAUUAGUACGCCAAUCACCACAAAUUGUAUGCUUUUAGUUUAGACGUUAUGCUAAAAAAAACCAUGUGGAGGGGGAGCUGGUGUUUCACUAAUAAAACGCCUAAACUACAAACGUGGAAAUUAUGGCGAUAAACAUAGAAAUGCAUACUAAUUGCAUGUUAAAUAUUGGCAUAAAAAAAAAUUUUAAACUGGUGAAAUGUAUACGUUACAGCAGCAAAAUAUUAUCGGAGAUAAAUAUGAUAACGGUAAGUCAGUAGGUAAUCUAGAGUCAACAAGUUAUUUUAUUUUGAUUUGUAAUAUUUUUUAUGGUAUUACGAUAUUAUAUUAAAUUUUGUAUACAACAUUUUUUUUAUAUCAAAUUUUAUGUCUUUUGUUACACAGAACUCAGAUUUAAGUGAUACGGGUCGAUAUUUUACUUAAAAAUAAAUUGUAUCUAUCUAAAUAAUUAUUUUCUCUAUUAAAUACCUACAAAUUGAGCUGUUCACAAUGAUAUUUUUUGAAAUUGCGAAAUUGCUUUGUUCAAUGCGGAAAAUGUUAAUUUACUUUACUUUUGAAACUAACAUUUAUGCCUCAAAUAAUUGUUUUAAGUGUAUUUUUGACAAAAAAUUCCUAUUAUAACUGUUUACGUUUCAAUGCCUGUACACAUUAUAAUAAUUGUUAAUAAUGUUAUUGUUUUAUAAUGUCGGAUGAUCCUCUGGACAGAUCCUCAGACUACACUGACAUUGUCGACAAAAAAACAGAUAACCGAGAGUUGUUUGGGAUGCAUUUGUGAAGCCAUAUCGUCUUGUGACCUGAACCAAACGUGUAGCGGUGACGUUUGUGGACCGUUCCGUAUUACGUGGGCGUAUUGGUCCGAUUCGGGAUCGCCGGUUUUGCAAGGAGAAAGUCCACAGGACCAACUUGGUGAAUGUUUUAUAAAAUUUUAACCGAUUACACGGUUUUUCACGUAUAAUUUUAUUAGGGACGGGCAUGAAAUUCGAAUAUCCAGAUUAUCCUAGUAUCCGGAUUUGAAUCAAAUUCUUAUCCGGAUUUUUUGAACUAUCAGGAUUAUCCGGAUUUUAAACCCGGAUUUCGAUACGCUCGUUAAUUAAUUAUUAUAGUCUGGUAAAAAAAUAUUACGUUGUUUCGUUUAUAAAAUACAUAACUACGUAAUGAUGCGCGUAUUAUCGAUGUCUACGCUGUACGUCAAACGGCAGAAAAAAGUAUUCCACGGCCACGUCGGUAAGUUCCCGUACUUACUACGGGAUUUGCAUUCAAUUCUCGAGACAAGUUAUAUAUUGUGAUGUGUGCAAUAUCAUUAUAAAUUAUAAACGACAACUCAAUGCUUAUUGUUAAACUGUAGAACAAUAAAUAAUGUUAUUGUUUCUAUAUUCCCUAAUUAUAUUCGUCCGCAUUUAUAGUGUUCCUCGGAGCUAUCUAAAUUCGUUAAUAUACGUUUAUAACGUUUAGGUAUAACAAUAUUAUUGCCAACGCACUGCAGUUUUUACUGGGUGUUAAACACGUACGUAUACUCAGUAGGUAGGUAAGUACUUUGAAAUAUUGUAACUGUCUGUUAUAAAGUAAUUAUUACGAAAUUGUAGUACACGCGCAAACAUUAAUAUUCAAUUAUUUACACCAUUUUUAUGCCGAUUUCUUUUCGGCAUUGCCCAUAUUAUCAUACUACAACGGCCGUUUAAUUAAAUACCAACUAUGAUAUUGCGUGAACAUCUUAGUAAUAUGAAAUUUUUAACGGUCGGAUACGUUCGAAAACCAUACGUUGUAUAUGAAAUAAUAACACGACUUAAACGGUAGCAAUAUAAACAUUGACAAAUAUAACAGAUUUAUAAAAGUUCGUAAACUGAAGAAUUCGAGCAUCAGAAGCGCGGGCUAGAUAACCUUUUAUAGAGUGGUUUUGAGUAUAAUAAAAUACGUAUACCCAUUACACUAUGAACGAAUAGUAGAUAGGUAUUAUGUGGAUACUAUAUUUUUUUUUUAUGUAGAUUGUAAAAUAUUAAAAAAAGAAUUUUACUUUGAGUUUUUUUUUUUUUUUUUUUUUUUUUGUAAUGUAAAAACGCUGUUUGAAAGACGACACGUGUAUUCAAAUACAUAAGCAUAUCGACAUAUUAUAAUACAGUAUAUACACUCACUGGGACACGACCGAAAAGUAUUAUGUAUGCAAUAUUUUAAAUUAUUCAAAAACAUAUUAUUAUAAUUUUUUGUAAAACGACUAUAAUAAUAACACAAUAAUAUGAAUACUAUAGGUGAAAUUUAAAUUUGACAAGUAUUACACGUGAGACAACCCGUAAUCUAUAUAUUUAUCGUCUGUCACGCGGUUGGAAAUUUGAAAACAUGUCCUAGAAGAAUUGAAAUAUUUUAUUAAUUUAUAAUUUAUUUUUCAAUUUCACGGCGUGAGCAAUAUCUUAAUAUUUCGUGAAUAGUAAUCAAAUAUAAAUAUAGUUAAGUACGAAUAUUCAAGCGUUUUUUGAUCAUGACAAUUUAGUAUUGAUAAAAGACAAACCUUAUAUGAUUUUGUAUAAUUAAUAUUUUACUUAAUGAGUAUUUUAUUUUAGGAGGUUCAGUUGAGUUUUUUGCGUGGGAAGGUUAGUUGAAUCCUCAAAAGGCCCUUCCCCUAUUUGUGUCAAUACACGAGAUAAGGUUACUACUAAUUUUUGAAAAAAAAAUGUAUAUCUAGUAGGUUUUUUUUUUUAAAUAUAUUGGCGGGAAAUUUCGCAGGGGACGCAGCUGCCUCUUCUGCCUCCCCCGUGCGCACACUUAUGAGUAUACGUAUAGUGAAUCGUUUACAAGUCGUAUAACACUCCAAUAAAUUAUAUACAGGACUUAUAUGUAUGCAUAUUAUAAUAUUAAUUUUUUUGUUUUCAGCAUACCCGAGAUGUACCAACGACCCGACAUGUGCCAAAAAGGCCACCAUUAAUUAUUUAACCCGAUUUGCGCAGGUAAGUCUUUAAUGAGUAAAACACAAUUGCGUACGACAUUACUUGAUUUUUAGUUCACAAUUUUAAGUAUUGUUGCCAAUUUUAAUACCGGUAUACUUCAUAUGAGUGAAUUAGAAAUAAUGCAUAAAUACUUUUCAUUUUUCCAUAAACGAUAAUUUUACGUUAUCUCAUAAUUUUACCGUUAUUUCAAAUGUACACGUAUUUUCUGCCCUUCAGUUCGUCGUCGAUUGUCAUACGUAUGUAUAUUUGAUCGACGUUUAGUAAUAUCGAAAUUUCUAUUAAACUUAUAAAAGUCGAAAAAGGAAAAUAAUUACUUUUUUUAAAUUUUAAUAGACAAGACCGCGAUUAUUCAAUUAAUAUUAAUAACAGGAAAAUAAAGAAAAUAGCAAACACUAUUUUAUUCGUAUUAUGUUGGUAUAAAAUCCAUACAAAUAUAUUGCAAUAUUUAAACGUAUAAGUUUAUAAAUGUUCAGAAAUUCAAAUUAAGAUAUUUUGAAUUAAUUUUUUUUUUUUGUUAUAAUAUUUUACAGUUCAGAUAAAAUUAUUGUACUAGAUUAUUAUUGAGUAUAUAGUAAACAUUUGACAACGUUUCACAUGAAUUAUCAUACGCAAUCGUGUUGAUUACUUUUUUUUAAAAAGUCUUCUUAAAUAUUUUUUAAUUUAUCGAAAAACAUACGCAAUCGUGUUAUCAAAAAAGACAAACGUACGCAAUUGUGUUUCACCCGUUUUUAUGAUGACAGUAUUUUUUUUGUUUUUUUCAUAAAGAUUUUAAUAUCAAAUUUUUUACGAAAACCGUAAAUAUAACGCCCUUUCAAAACAUGUAUAACCGAACUCCACUCCAGAAUCGUUUUUCGUUAGUAAAGAUUGUAUUUUCUUGUUGAUAUUAUUGCAGGAUUGUAACGGAGACGGAAUCAUAGAUUGUUUGGAUUACGCGUCUAUUCAUAAACUCGGAGGUUAUGGUUGCAGCGGGCCGUUGGACAAUGAGUAUAAAACCAAGUUCAGCUCUUGCUUCAACAAAAAUAAUCUGCCGAACAACGGCCAAGCGUACGUUUUACCGUCCGUUGACGAGAAAGGCUUGCAAAUCACAACCACGGAGGAGAUCCACGAACUCGAUUUAAGAAUACCGAUUUGAAUACUGAAGGAAAUUUAAAACGCCAAUAUGAAAUCGACCAAAAAAUAUCGUUAACAUUUAAUAGUUUUUAGUUUGUGGUUUACAUUGAACUUAAUUUUCCCAAAGAAUCUGAAAUCUGUUUAGAUUUCAAUAAAUAUCAUAUAUAUAUCUAUAUGUACGUGACUUAAGUUCAUUAAAAUAUCGGUAUUCAUCCAACUUUGUACAUCGUAUAUACUCGUAUGUCUGUAAUAUUGUAUAAGACAAGAUCCAUGUGAUAAGUCAAAUUUAAUAAUUUUAUAGUAAUAAUAUUAUAAUUGAAAUUGUUUUUUCGAAAUUCCAAAACAAAUAUGUGACAAAAUUUUGUAAAAUUGUAUGUAACAAUAAUGCACUUAAUAUACAAUAUAAUCUUUGAAAGUUUUUACGUGACAGUGACAGUGCUUUCCACGUAUGUCUCUUGUCUAUAUAUUACACCCAAUGUAUUCAGGUCUUGAUUCAACCCGUCCAUCCAUGCAUCACCCAUUGAUGUCCUCUUCCCAGUGAGUCGGUCUCCAAUCAACAGUGGCAUUUAUGUUCACUGAUUCAGGACUCCUCAUUACAUGUCAUGACCAUUAUCAUUUGGUUUACUAUGCAUUCAAACAAAUUUGGUAACUAUGGUACUCCUGUCAUCUUCUGGAUUUCCUUGAAUUUACUUAUACGUCAGCGUCCCG